CUGCUCAGCCUGGACGAUCCGGUAACGCCCCGUUCGCCGCAGACGGUGCGCGGGCAGAUCGCCGCCUUGCUCGCGGCUGACCGCCAGGGCAAGGCGUAUCAGCAGGCCGUCCAGGAGGUCGUCGCGGAGCUGCGUGAACAGGCGGACAUCGAGAUCUUCGAAAACCAACUCGAAGCCGUCUGCCCGGCCGAGCCGUCCUGA